CCCCCGGAGUCCGGCGGCAGCGCGGGCGGCUGCCUGGGCACCGGCGCCUGCUUUAGCGCCCACCGGGCCAACGACUCGUACGCCGGGGCGCGCGUCGCCUGCGCCCGUCGGCGCGGAGCGCUCGCCUGGCUGGACGGCGAGGCCGAGCUGCGGCUCGUGGCGGCGCUGCUGGCGGCCGUGGCCGGCGGGCCCGGCGCCUCGCUCUUCUGGCUCGGCCUCAGGCGCAACGCCUCGGCCUGCACGGACGCGGCCGCGCCGCUGCGCGGCUUCUCGUGGGAGGCGGGCGGCGCCGCGGCCCCGCGCCACGUCCCGGCCGCGCUGGGCCGCUGGGCCAAGGAGCCGGCGCGCUCGUGCCUCACGGCGCGCUGCGCGGGGCUGCUGCUGGCGCCCGGCGCCGCCUGGGGCUGGAAGGAGCGGCCGUGCCAGCGGCAGAGCCAAGGCUACGUCUGUAAGUACCAGUACGAGGGCGCCUGCGCUGCCCUGCGCCCCGUCGGCGCCCUCGGCCUCGACUAUCGCCUGCCCUUCGGCGAGCGCAGCGCCGAGCCCGGGCCCAGCCCGCCGGGCACCGUGCUGGCCGUGGCGUGUCCCGGCGCGCGGGACGCCGUGCACCUCACGUGCGAGGCGAAGSGCGGCGGCGCCUUCGUCUGGAGGGGCGCGCAGGAGCCCGUGUGCCCCUGUCCCUUCGGCUACGUGCGCCCCGAGAGCGGCCGCUGCGCCGACGCCGCCGAGUGCCGCGACGCCGACGGCGCCUUCGCCUGCGUGUGCGCCCCGGACGGGCGGGACGGCGGCCCCUGCGCGGCCCCCACCGCCUCCCCAGUCCCCACCUCGGCCCCCGCCGCCUCCCGAGCUGCCCCCUCGAGCCCCGCCGCCGCGGGCGGCCGCCUCUCCGCCUCGACAGCCGUUGGCUCCGCGGGGUCGCCCGCCGAGGAGAAGACGGCGCCUCCGCCCGCGCCCCCCUCCUCCUCCAACUACGUCUUCAUCCUGGUGACGGUCGCCGUGGUGGUGCUCGUGAUCCUCGUCAUGACCGUCCUGGGGGUCUUCAGGCUCUGCUUCAACCACAAGGGCGCGGGCCGCGGGCACAAGGAGCCGCCGGCGGGCGAGAGCGARGCGGCCUCCGCGGAGCAGCGCGGGGCCGCGGGCGGCGACUAG